UCAAAUUCUCAACUCACACUUCAAAUCUAACCCAAUUUUCUCUCUCACCUGAUCAUCAAAAUUCAACCUUUUAGAUGAUACCCAGAAAAGCAGUUGUCAAACACUCGAAGUCUUGAUGUGGGUGUUUCGAUUCAAAAACCCCAGAAAACUUUGAAUAAUUUGCAGUAAUGGAUACCAUGUUAUGUGAUGAAUUAUUACAAGAAAUAUUCAAAAGGCUGCCAUCAACACCAUCAGCUGCUUUAUCAGUGUCUUUAGUUUCAAAGCGCUGGCUUAACCUUUAUAGAAGCUCAAAAACUUCACUUUCUCUCAGGUUUCUUCCUCACAAUUCAAUGCUUGUUUCUUUGUCUUCUCUUCUUUCUUAUUAUCCUUCACUUUCUUCUCUUUCUCUUGUAUUAUCUGAUUCAAUCACUAACGCCAAUUCAAGCACUGCUACUGCUUUUACUGAUCACCUUCUUUUCAUAGUUUCUUCUUCUUGUUCUAAUCUUCAUCAUCUCAGGUUCUUAGCUGGUCCAGUUUCUGUUUCUUCUUUAUUUUCACUAUCAAGAUCUUGUUCCCAACUUACUUGUAUCACUGUUUCUUUAUCUAAACCUCUUUAUCUCAGCUGGAUUGUGUCAUUUCCCUGUUUGAAGGAUUUGUGUUUGUAUAUAUGCCCCAAUGGAGUUAAUAAAUUUAGGUCGCUUUUAAAUGAGGAAUUUGAUGCAGAAUUCGGUUUAGAAACCCUGUUUUUGUCUGGGAUUCAAGCAGGUGAUGAGGGUCUUGGUUGGCUAUGGAGGAACUGUAAAAGGCUCAAGAAAUUACAGCUAAAGAACUGUGCAAGUGUUGGUGAUGGUGAAUCAUUUUCAUCAUUUAUCUUGUGUGUUAAAGGUCUUCAAGAAGUUGACUUAAGGAAAUGUAGGAGUAUUGUUGAUGGGGUUUUAUUAAAAUUGGCUGAAAAUUGUGGUUCAUUGAAUUCUCUAUUGGUUUAUGAUGGAGGAAGCAAAGAAGGUUUACUUGAAUUCAUAAACACUUGCAGGUGUAAUUUGCAGAAACUUGACCUUAGAUUACCAUUAGACCUCAACAACACUCAUCUCUUAGCUGUUGCGAUGAAUUUAAGACAUCUCUCAACACUUAAGCUUCAAAGUUGUUGUCUUGUUACAGGUGAAGGUCUAAAUACACUUGGGACUGCCUUGUAUAACAGUCUUGAAGAACUAGCAUUGAUAAACUGUGAUGUUGUUGAAAGAGAGAUAGGAUUGUUAGCUACCUUGGGACAAAAUUUAAGGAUGUUGAGGAAAUUAGACUUGUCUUAUAAUGAGUUAUUGGUUGAUAAAGAGCUCACUUCAAUGCUAAUUUCAUGUAAUAAUCUGACAGAUUUGAAGUUAAGAGGAUGUAGGAAGAUAACUGGUGUGACAUUGUUUUCUAUGUCUAAGAACAUCAAGUGUUUACAAAGUGUUGAUAUCAUGAAUUGUCCUGGGAUUGAAGCUGAGGCUGUUGAGUUCCUUGUUUUGAACUGUUCACAAAUGAGACAAAUGGUGGUUGAGGAGAACAAGGUUUCUAACAUUGCAAGAACAUGGGCAUUGCAUAAAGUUAUAGAGGUAACUUCCGGUUGAUGAAUUGAUUGAUUGAAGUACAUAUUCUCUCUCUCUCUCUCUCUCUCUCUCUCUCUGUAUGUAUAUGUAUGUAUAUAAAUUUAUGUAUGUAUGUAUGGAUACACACACACCAAAAAUCUUGCUUGUUUGCUGUAAAUAUUUCAUUGCUUCAUGUUCUGGAAUUGAGAGGAGUUGCAUUGCUCUCUGAAUAAACAUAUGCUAAACCUGUUUGUUGUUGUAAUAACUGCAAUCUAAUAGAAGAAGGGAUUGCAGAUGUUAGAAUUCGAACUCUAGAUAUAAACCGAGCUAAGUCUAGGGUUCAUGCUGUAAUUCAUUUUCAUAUUCAUGGUACUUAAAAAAGUUUAUGAGUGAA